AUGGCAGGAACACAACGCCUGACGGGGUCGUUUGCGCGUUGCUCAUGGCUGCGUUUGGUCGCUUUCACAGUGCUGGUCCUUUGCAGUUCGCGGACGUUUCUAAGGGGACUUCGGCCUGGUCAGGAAGGCCUUGCAACGAAAGGGUGCCCAAGAGCCGACGCAAGUGGAGCAAAAGCACCGGCAAGGUUCAUCUUACUCGGCCUAGUCCUUGCGCCACGCCCAGCGCUGGCCCUCAGCGCUGAGCCCUCCGACCUUGGCCUGCUGCUGGCGGCCUUCCUCGCAGGAAUCCUUUGGGCCGCGGCCAACCCUUCGCCGCUGAGGGUGCCUUCCGUGGAGCGCGGAGAAGACGCCUCGCCAGAGCCUGGGUUGCUGAACCACAUGCUCCAGCAGACCCAUGGUGCUGCUGUCUUGCACGCUUUGAGCUCUGCAGGGCUGCUGGAGCUGAUCCCACCUCCCACCGCUGCGCCCAAAACGAGCGCCGAGCUGCUCCGGUGCCAAGGAGUGGAACGGGCCGCGCGGAGGUGCUCCAGCGCGAUACUUGAGAAGUUGCUUCAUCACCUUGCAGGCUGCCAGCUGCUGGAGGAGUUCCCCAGCCCUGCCGGCCCCGCCUUCCGGCACACGCAGCGCUCGGCGCGCGCCUUCCUGGAGGGCGCGAAGAGCGGCAAGGCUUUUGUGGCGGUGAACUUUGCACCAGAGCAGGUGAAGCCUUGGUGGCGCAUUGGAGAGGCCAUGGAAGGCGAGGUGGAAGGAGCGCCUAGAGAAGAUGCUCCAAGAAAUGAUGCCACACCCUUUGUCUUGGAGCACGGCCGCAGUGUCUUCGAGUUCUACGGCGACGCCGCGAACGCCCGGGCCUCGCAAGCCUUCGACGAGCUGAUGCUGCAGCUGAGUACGAGCGACGGCGAGAGUGGUGCGAGUGCGGAGCUGGUGGCUGAGAUGCCCAUCUGGGACGUCAAGAGCCAGCAGGUUCCAGUGGUGGUGGACGUUGGUGGGGGCAAAGGACAUCUGCUGAUGGAAAUCCUGAGGAAACAUGACGAGUGGAGAGGCGUUCUCUUCGACCGUCCAGAGGUUCUGGAGACGUGUGAGGAUCUUGGUUCGGAGCGUGUGACCUUGGUGCCGGGGAACUUCUUUGAAGAUCUGCCCUGCCAGGGGGACGUCUUUCUCCUGAAAUGGAUCUUGCACGACUGGAACGACGUCCAGUGCCGCCGGAUCCUUCAGUGCCUCCGCACGGCCCUCGAACGAAGUCGCAAUUCCGGUGGCAGUUCACCACGGCUGUUGAUCCUGGAGCAGGUGGUUCCGGAGACCGACGACGGCAGUGAGGACGCUGAGCUGGCGCGCGCCAGCUUGAACGACCUCUACUUGUGGGUCCUCUAUGGUGGCCAGGAACGGAAGGUCUCGGAGUAUGCGAAGCUGCUGGCAGCCGAAGGACCGCUGCGGUCAAAGGGGCGCGGAGGAUCGAGGUUGCACUUGGGGCUAGCUGUGGCCUGCGCUAAAGCCCACAAAGGUGGAGAUGCCAAUGCCAAGGUUGCGCCCUGCGACCCCAGGAUAUACACCAACAACAGCAAUCACAGCAGCAGCACUAAGAAGAAGACCCAGAAGCAUCACAAGAUCAGAAAAACCACUAGCAACAGGCAGCAAGAAGCAUAG